AUGAGUAAUGAUGAUGGUGAAGUUUUCGUCAAUGAUGAAACCAGACAAAAAGUCUUUCAAAAAUUGGCUACCAAGCUAGAAAAUAGGGUUUGUUUCGAUUGUGGUAAUAAGAAUCCCACAUGGACAUCUGUACCCUUUGGUGUCAUGUUAUGUAUUCAAUGUUCUGCUGUUCAUAGAAAUCUAGGUGUUCAUAUCACUUUUGUUAAAUCUUCCACUUUAGAUAAAUGGACUAUUAACAAUUUAAGAAGAUUUAAAUUAGGUGGGAAUCAUAAGGCUCGUGAAUUUUUUUUGAAAAAUAAUGGGAAACAAUUCUUAAACACUUCUAACGUUAAUGCUCAAAUCAAAUAUACUAGUAGCGUUGCUAAACGUUAUAAAGAUCAUCUAGAUAAAAAGGUUAGAAAAGAUAUGACGUUAUAUCCAUCAGAAUUGGUUUUAACUGAACAAGAUGAUGAUGCUGCUGCCGCUGCUGAUAGUGAUUCUUUAACAGAUUCAUCUUCAACUCCUGGAUCUAAGGAAAAUAGUGUUGAUGAUUUUUUUUCAACUUGGCAAAAACCAACAACAUCAUCAUCUGAUGUUACACCAAAGCAAUUAAGUCCAUCUAAUACUGGAUCGAAAUUAAGUACUACAAGAUCUUCAUCAAUCUUAUCUGGUCAAAGAAGGAAACCCGUUGCCAGUAAUAAUAAUAAUAAUAAUAAUAUCUUAGGAGGUAAGAAACAUUCCAUCUUAUCUUCUUCUACAAGGAAAUCUUCAAGACUUACAGCCAAGAAAAUUGACAAUUCAAAUGCUGAAGAUUUAUUCAAUGAAUAUGAAAAGCAAGCUGAAGAAGAUAAGGAUCAAAAAAUAUUAGAAAGUAAAAGAAAAAAUAUUGCACCUUCAUCACUAUAUACUAAACUCAACAACAACAGCAGCAGCGGUAAUAGAUUUGGUUCUAAUGAUUCAUCAUUUACAGAACUUAAUAAUAAUAAUAAUACUAACAAUAAUACGAAUAAAUAUCCAAAGGAUGAAUUUGAUGAAUUUUUAGAAAGUUCCACAGGACCAGAUUCAUACACUUCUAAUGAACCAGUAGCUGAAUUACAACCCAAAUUAGCCAAAUUAGGGUUCGGUAUGACGAUGAAUGAUGCAAAUGAUUUAGCUAAACAACAAAAGGAGGCACAAAGAGCUGCAUCGGGACCUAAAUAUACAGGUAAGAUUGCAGAAAGGUAUUCUGAUUCGAAGGCAAUUUCAUCGGAUCAAUUGUUUGGUCGUGGUAAUUAUGAUCAAGAUGCUGCACGUGAAGCUAAGGAAAAAUUGAAAACUUUUGAUAAUGCAACUUCUAUUUCUUCAUCAUCUUAUUUUGGUGAAGAUCAAAAUAAUAAUGAAGAUGGUAGUGAUGAAUUUAAUGAUGGUGGUUCAUCGAGUGUUAAUGCAUAUGGUAGAGGUUCUAGUCGUGGUGGUAAUAAUGGAUUCAUUGAUAUUAAUGUUGGUACUGAUGAUGAUUUACAAGUGCUUAAGGAUGCUGUGGAACAAGGUGCUCAAAAAUUGGGUAAUUAUUUAAGAGAUUAUCUAAGAAAAUAA